CUUUGCUGUUACUUCGUACCCUACGGAGCCAUUCAUGUGUGACUCCAUGAUGGCGGCUCUGAUAGAAACACAUGUGCAGUUGUCUGACGAUGCAGAGCCUCAGUCUGAGGACAACGAUGACCAGAGUGAUCCUGACGGAGACAGCAAUGACGAAAGGUCAGAUGAUGAUGCGAGCGAUGGAGGAGAAAACGACAGAGACAGUGAAGGAGGAAGUGAUGGGGAGGAGGCAGAGGAUGAAGAUGGAGGAGCGGAUGAGGAGGGAGAUGACGGCAACGCCAAUGCUGGGUGGGCUGAGGCCAUGGCAAAGAUCCUGGGGAAGAAAACCCCUGAGAGCAAAAAUAGCAUCCUGGUGAAGAACAAAGAGCUGGACAAGCAGAAGGAGAAAGAAAGACAGGAACAGCUGGAGAGAAAGAAACAGGUCGACAAGAAGCGAGCGUGGGAGAUGAUGUGUCGGGAGAAACCUGACAUUGUAAAGGACCGCGAGGCUGAAAGAGCUCUGCAGAGAAUUGCUACCAGAGGGGUGGUGCAGCUUUUCAACGCUGUGAGGAAACACCAAAAGACUAUCGAUAACAAGGUGAAGGAAGUCGGGGGCUCGGAGAGGAAGAAGGCCAAGCUUCUCUCGUCUGUCUCCAAGAAAGACUUCAUCGAUGUGCUGAGAAGCACAGAGGGAAGCAGCAGAGUCACCACCAAGACUGAACAGGACAUGGCUGCUGCAGUAAAGGAGAAGCCCGCCUGGAGCGUCCUCACAGAUGACUUCAUGAUGGGAGCCACAAUGAAAGACUGGGACAAAGUCAGUGACGGAGAGGAGGCUGAUUCACAGGCAGGGGUCGGAGUGGAGGAAAGUGACUCAGACUGACACCACACACACACACACACUCACACAGAUGGGACUCUGUGCAGGCUGCCAUGCCUGCAGGGACAUUCUGAGUAGCUGGAAAUUAAUUCAUGGGAAAAUCAUACCGGAGCCCCGCCCACUCCUUAUUUUUUUGCAGACUGCACAAGUAUAGAAAAAAUAUGGAAAUAGUUCUUCACUGAUUGUAUAUGCAAGAAAACAUUUUUAUAGUGUAUCACAUUUUGAUAUUUGUUGAAUAUGUAAUACAGAGAGCGGGGAGCGAGGAUGCAACAGAUGUUGAGUGUGUGGAGGGGGGAUAGAUUUAUUUCACAAAAGUAUUUAAACCUUUAAACCUCAUGAAGUUAGAUUUUUCUUUAAAGACAUGGGGAAAAGGUCAAUGAGCAGCUUGUUAAGAAAUUUUCCACAAAUUGCACUUUUUUUUAAAUUUAGAUUUUUUUUUAAAGCUAGGAAAAAAACA